AUGCAAUCAAGAAAUCAAAGGAAAUCGCUAACAGACAUGCCAUUGGAAGUGAUGGAGAAAAUAAUAGUCGACUUGGGAAAAAUUUCAGUAGUCGAGGCUUCCAUGAUGAAGAGUGUUUGCAGAUUCUUUAACGAGGCAAGAAAAAUAAAUGAAGUAUAUAAACAUAUGGAUGUAAAUGGAUUACUAUUUCACGGUUUGUCUGACCAGAAACAUAUAGUUGUCAACAAAUACAUAGAGAUGAGAAACCCUAAUAUUCUAUUCAGCAAUGGAUUGAUGAAGUUAUUUUUCUUAGAAGCUGAUCAUGAAGGGAAAACGAUGCUUGAAGAAGCAUCUACAAUGGGAGAUUUGGAUUUCAACAUUUGUCCUGGGAAUGAUGGUGAUGGCUGAAGGGAGACAUAGGAACC